AUGGAAAAUAACAACGUUGUUUUGUUGGAUUUUUGGCCAAGCUCAUACGGAAUGAGAGUGAAAAUCGCGUUGCAGGAGAAGAGAGUCUCAUAUGACUGCAGACAAGAAGAUUUUCAAUCUAAAAGCUCUCUUCUUUUAGAGAUGAACCCGGUUUACGAAAUGAUCCCAGUCUUGGUUCAUAAUGGAAAACCCAUAUGUGAAUCACUCAACAUCGUUGAGUAUAUUGAUGAGGCUUGGAAUCACAAACCUUCUCUUUUGCCCUCUGAUCCUUACAACCGAUCCCAAGCCAAGUUUUGGGGAGACUACAUUGACAAACAUAUAUACAACAUUGGAAAGAAGGUAUGGACAGGAAAAGGUAAAGAACAAGAAGAGGGUAAAAAGAAGUUUAUAGAAUGUUUGAAGACUUUAGAAGGUGAGCUUGGAGAGAAGCCAUAUUAUGGUGGAGAUGACUUUGGAUAUGUUGAUGUGGCUCUUAUUCCUUUCACAAGUUGGUUUUACACAUAUGAGACUUAUGGGAAACUAAGCAUAGAGGAAGAGUGUCCUAAGCUUGUGGCUUGGGCCAAAAGGUGUAUGGAAAAAGAGAGUGUGGCAAAGUCACUCCCUCACCCUCACAAAAUUUAUGGUUUCGCAAUGCAAUAUAAACAGACUCAUGGACUUGUUUAG